GCCCACCUCACCCAUGCAACAGAUCACCCCAACAACCGUUGAAGCAAUGAGUAGAAAUUGGCUGGGCAUGGACUGAGCCUGGUGAGCCUGGGGUAUGUGGGCGCGACCUAACGCCUGGCAUUGGGGCUGGCGAGUUCUGGGCGCCCGGCAUUUCGCAAAGCGGCGGCAGCGGCUGGACGAGUACGAGCACUACGACCGGCCUUUGAGUUCGAAGGCAUGGAAACGACUGAAAUCGGAGGGCAGCUUCUUCGAGUACUCGUUUCAGGACAUGACUGCAGGGGAGGUGUCCGAGACUCUGUUCCUGGCCUCCAAGAUGUCCCUGGAGAACCCUGACUUUUGGAGCCGGGGCUCCUUGGCUCUACAGGACCUGGCCAGUGCCAUGACCCCGCGCCAGCUCACUGCUGCCUGCUGGGCCUUCGGCGCGGUGCGGUGGCAUGAUCCGGCCUUCUCCCAGCUCUCCUCAUGCCUGGUGCAGCACGCGGCCACCAUGCAGGCGACGCACCUAGCCACGGUGGCCCAGGCCUUUGCCCGGAUGAAGCUCCGCAGUGGCCCCGUGCUGCAGGCUCUGUCCAGUGCCGCUGAGGAGGCCACAGCUAGCGGCAAGCUCAACGGCAAGGGCUUGGCAAUGAUCGCCGGCGCCUUCGCUGAACUGGAGUUCCGCUGCCCGCGGUUUCUGCGGACGCUGGAUGCGUGGGCAGUCGAUGGCGUCCUCGGCAUGCGGCUGGAUGUGUGCCUGGAUCUCUUCAGCAGCCUGGCCCUGCUUACUGAGUACCAGUCACCUGGCCGGGCGGCAGCAAAAGAGCUCGCAGAGACUUUGGCCCUGAAAGUUAGAGAGUUGGAAGCCUCACAGCUGCACACUGCCACCCUGGCCAUGGGCAAGUUGCGAAUUGACCAGCCAGAGGUCAUCAGAGCCUUUCAGAAGGAGAUCCUGGCAGAGCUGAACUCCUUGCAUGCCAACUCCCUGCCUCCUGUGUUGGAGUCCUUCUCGCUGUGCUUUGCAGCGCUACAGUCGCGGGAAGCCAAGGAGGCCAAGGAGGCCAAAGACGCCCAGAGCGAGGCGCAGACAGAUGUGCAGACGCAGGCACAUCAGCUGCAGCAGCUGCAGCAAGCACAGCAGGAAAGGGAGUUCUUCUUAGCGCAGCUGGCCAUGCGCGUGGCUCGGGAGCUGCGGCUGCUGAGGCCCCAGGACGCCAGUCGUGCGCUGCAGGCCAUCGACCGCCUGGGGCUGGUGGAGCCCCGGUUGCUGGUGUUGGCAGCGGAGCUGGUGCCCCAGCGCCUGGCACAGUGGCCGGCGGCUCAGGUGCUUUCGUUGCUGGAGGCCUACGCCCGCGCCCAGAACGCUGAUGGCUUCAUGGUGCCCUGCUUGCGCCGUGCUCUGCUGUCCACCGAGGCCAUGUGCGCCAUGUGCGCCAAGUGCUCCGCGGAUGCGGAAGGUUCAGCCCUGGACGACUUGCAGAUGGUGCGGGCCGCUCAGGCCUUCGCCUCCUUGCAGCACCCAGCGGGUAUCGUGGCCCUUGCGCUGAAGCGGCCAGCAGCGCCAAGCUGCCAGCUCGCCCUAGCAAGUUUAGCCAUGGGCCUGGACUCCGACACAUGGAAGGAAGCCACGCACCGCUUGUUGGAACAGGCAAAGGAGCAGAUUCAGGCUGACACUUUGGAAGCUUUGUCCGUAGCAUUAGCGCAAGCUGAAGGUGUGAAGGCUGCUUCAGAUUCCAGGGCCUACCAGGCGGAUGACGUCCUCAUGGCGAUCUUGGCGUUCCCAUUGCACCCAAGCAGAAGUGGCUGGUGCCAUGCGCUGGCCACGCGGAUGUCAGAGUGCAGCCUUGCCCUGCUGCCUGGCUUCCUGCUGUCUGUGCGCUCCCGCCCGGACGAGUCGCCCCAGGCCUCAGAGGCCGCGGAGGCCGCGGAGGCCGCGGAGGCCGCGGAGGCCGCGGAGGCCGCGCUGCUGCGGCGGCUGCCGGAGGCCGCAGGGCUGGCGCUGCCGCCCGCGGCGGUCGUGGCCACCUUCCGUGCCCUUGCGCAGCUGCAAGCCCGGCGGGCUAGGGCCGAGGCGUCUCACAUCGAUGCAGAGGUGAUUCUGGGAGCAACCCUGCCGCUGAUCGAUCAGCUGGCGAUUCUGUCCGAUGAGGAUCAGUUGUCGGCAAAGGCUUCAGUGCGCGUGCUCCAGAGCAUGAAGGUGCUGGGGUUGGAGCCGCCUCCGCCGCUGGUGUCGAGCCUGGCCAAGACGGCUGGCAGCUUGACGCCCGAGGAGCUCAUCGUGGCUUUGAGGCCGCUCACCGCAAAGAGUGUGAAAGCUUCUGGAGGACGCGCUCUCCUGGCCGCGGCCGCCACCAAGGCCAUGGCUCGGCUCCGGAGCUCCCGGCAGGCGUGGGAUUUGGACGGCCUCUGCAAGCUGCUGCGCCUGGACAUCGGUGAGGUGGUGCCAGAUGAGGAUCUCUUCAAAGAGGAAAUGCCAGAGGAAGCGCGCGGAUAGUAUGCGAGCGCCAG